GCCCAAAUUUCGUUCAAGUAAGACAGCCACAAGUCAACAAGCUGAGCAACAAGUCGAGGAGAUAAUAGUAGGAGAGAAUUCGACAUUGGCAGAAGGAGAAUACAUGACCAAGAGGACAGGUAAAAGCGGAGACAGUCUGAUAAUUGGAUCAUAUUUACCCCCUCUUCACGAUGGAUAUUUAACAAGAGAAUAUUAUGAGUGUGAUCUGGCGAAUAGGGAAGACAAGUACAAAAAAGAAUACGAGCCGGAGAUCUUCAAACGGACAUCAGAUAGCUACGAAAUGACGGGAGCUGAAGAGAAACAACCGCAAGUUCUAUCUGAGAAUUUUAUACGUAUCAAGAUGGAAAUUUGGACUUGCUUUAAAAAGGAGCAUAUGCGAACUCAUACUUUGAUCUACUUCAUAAGGAAUGAAUUUAUCAGCUUCAAGGAGAUCCGUGAUAUAAAGUACGUCUCGGGAGUGGAAGUUUCACUAAUAGAUUACUCAUCUGAUGAGAGAAGAGUUAAGGUGGUCGAGACCAAGUUCUUCUAUCGCAAGGACCAUACUCUUACAUCGAACACGUUUGCAAAAGCCUCGGCACUUAAUUUCAAGUUACACCUCAAAGUGCAUGAUCGACAGAGAACUUAUCCAAAACCAGGAUUGGCGUUCGAAGUAAAAUACCCCAAUGAAGGGAACUCGCUCAUUCAUGACAUCGAGUCGUCGGGACCUUACUUGAGACUGGGCCCUUCUGCAACCCCGAAUACGGGGGACAUCACGGCUCAAUGUGAACCUCUACAAGGAAUGAACCCGGCGCUACGUAGGCCAGAGGUGUUCAAAGUAUUCGAAUCGAGCAACCAGAAAUCGGCACCAAACGAGGAUCAAUCAAUCUACGCCAGACUGAGUGACAAAGAAUUCGACGACCUUUUCAUCAUAACCAAAAGGAAAUUCUGGAAGUGUACACCAACUACUACUACUAGUAAUGGCAAGACCAGUACGUCUGAGCAUAACUCCUUUCACCGUGUGAUGCAUGAGGUGGUUGGUAGAAAACCAAUUAAGAAGGUCAUCAGUGGAUUUGGCAAUCAAGAAAUCGUAUCGGUACAGAUGCCCGAUCAACAGGCAAAGACGGUCCUCUUCACAAUAGUUGACAAUUUCUACAUGCAUGACUUGAGCCGAAUAACCAACCCUGUCACACCGACAUUCAAGGAAGAAGAGCGACUAACUGCAAUCAUAAAAUCGUCGUCAGAUGCGAAAGAAAUAAUGUGA